AUGGACGAGUCUUUGCCUCCGGCGGCUCUCCGGGGGCCCCUGCGGCGGGCUGCUCGCUGCGCUCGAAAGGAAAGCCCGGUGAGCCACGGUGGCGCUGCGGUGUUCGUCCAAUUACUGGUGUGUGGGUACAAGAUGAGCUCGGCACGCGUGCGCCGCACGUUUCGCUUCCCCGCCGACGAUGCGCGAGACGGUCGUGCCGGUGGCGAUGAGAAUGAUGAUGAUGACGAUGAUGUUCCCGCGGUCAUGGAUGAGCAAGAACAAGAAUCCUUCAUCGCGCGCCUCGCAGCCCAGAACCGCCAGCGCAACGAGCAGUUCGGCCGGCUGCUGCUAGCGCUCCCAGCGACCGCCAGCAUCCCCUUCGCCGCCGGCGCCGUGCUGCGCCUGCCCGCCGCGCCCUCACCGCUGCUCUCCCUGCUGGCCCUCUCGUCGCUCGCCGCCACCGCCUUCUUGAUCAUACGUCUGCCGCCCGCCCGCACGGGCUUUGCUGUCCUCGACCGCCGCCUCGGAGGGACAACGACCGCUGCCGCCCCGCGGUCCCCCCUCGAGACGUUCUUGCCGUACCUCAACGCCGGCCUGUGCGCCGUCGUCGCUGUCCUGGGCGUGCUGGGCAGGUACCGUAUCGCUGCUGCUGCCGCGGAGCCUGCCGCAUGGGAGCUUGUGCUCGGCCUCGGUAGUCUUCCGGCUCUGGUGUUUGCCGUAGUCGUCGUCGCCAAGGUUGUCAUGGCUGGCGUCGACCCAGAGCGCGAGCUCGACGCACUGCGCUACGAGUACAAGGGCGCGUGA